AUUCCUCACACUUCUUCCUUCCCUUUUCUCCUCUCUUCCUCUCUCCGGUUCAUUCUUUAAAAAACCGGUCUUUCUUUCCCUUUUGUUGAUUAAGUUGCUAGCCCUUUCAUUAUUUACCAAUGUCUCUUUCUGAAGGUGUCCCCUUCCAAUUACCAGCUGAAACCGGGUUCACAUCUGAUGAGAUAGAAGAACUAUUGUCUCUCUUAUCAUCGGAAGACUCGGUUAGCCCAAACUCCGGUUCGGAAGGUUCAAACCGGACGGUUUACACAGUUGACGAGCGAAAGCAAAGGCGCAUGAUAUCAAACAGGGAGUCAGCCCGGCGGUCACGCUGGCGAAAGAAGAGACAUUUAGAGAACCUGAUGGAGGAGUUGAAUCGGUUGAAAGAAGAGAACCGAGAGAUGAAGAACAAUUUAAGCUGGGCUAUGAACAAGAGUCAGUUAGUAUGGAGAGACAAUGAGCGGUUAACAUCUGAGUUCGUAAUUCUGUGGGGAAGACUCUCCGAGUUAAACCAGAUUUCAGCUGCCAUGCAGUCACAGUAAUCACAACUUUAACCUUAAAAUUUUACCAACUACUACUAGGCUCAAUAAAAAGCUCUAAAUAAGCUAAAACUAGAACUUAAAGCUUCCUCUCUCCCUAUAUGCAUGCAUGUUGGAUCAAAUAGUCAGCUAAAAUUAGCUUUUUUGAAUGAGAAACGUGGUGGCAGUUUCCACAGACCCCAUGUAAAGAUUUAGUGGUCUGCUUUUUUAUCUUUGUCAAGAUUAUCUUCUUUUUCUUCUUUUUAAGCAGCUGCUUUUAAUUGCGUGUAUUGCUAGAGAGAAUUAACGAGGUUAGUGCAUGUAGGGAGUUCAUGACAGCGAUCUUAUUCAUAUUAAUUACAGUUUCAGCAGCAGCAGCUCAAGUUUGAUCAUCCCAUGUAAAUCAAUUAAGUAAUUAUAAUUAUCUUUCGAAUA